AUGAGCGUUACAACAAGCUCCGCCAACGUUGAUCCUCCGCCUCUGCUCUUCGGCCAGCGCUCGCCGACACCGCCUUCCUUCGCCUCCUUCCCUCAGACUGCAUCCCAGAGCCCGACCAGCCCGCGCGCUCACCCACCGCUCUUCCCCGACGACCCCGGCCUGAGCCAGAACAACCCGCACCCGCCUGCGCCGACGGUCGAUCAGAGUGAGAGCGAGGAUUCGGACAUGGAUGACACAGACGGCUCCGAGGAGCUGCCUGCACACCUGAUCCGGUCUGGUGCGCCUUUGGACCCGGCUCCCCCUCCCAGCGGGCCUGCCAUGGCACUGCGUGAGGAGCAAGACGCCAUGGACACAUCUCCCGACGCGCCUGGAAGCUUUACUUUUGGCCGUCCCAACGCUCCGCCUCUAUCUCUUGACUUUCUCGGCAGCCCUCCUGCGCCUCCAUCGUCGGCACCCGCAAACGAGCAUCCAAUCCCGACGAUCGGGGAUGCCCUCACCCGCGUCAACUCGCGCGGUAGCUCUAUUGAUAGCGCCGGAGACCCCAAUGAGCAUCCUCUAGUGCCACCGCCACCGCCUCCGCCUGCUGUCGUUCCCCCGCAGUCUACACCUGGUUCUCCCCGUGCUGGAGGUGCAGCUGGCGAACACGAAGAGACCUCAGAUGACGAAGAGGAUGUGCUUCCUCCGUGGAGGGAGCUCAAGGAGGACACAUCGGUGCCAAACGAGGAGGAGCUUAGAGAGAUCGAGGCUAUGGGUGAGCAUAGUGCGCUGGAUGAUGAGUACUGGCAACGGAGAACCUUCCAAGACCUCGACGACCCUGAGUACACUCCUGGGCCAACGGGAAGAGUGGAUUGGACCAUCUCGAACUACAACGGCACACGGGAAAACCCUAACCGGGAGCUUCUCAUGAAGUCGCCCGUGGUGAACGUCGGAGGCUACGAUUGGCAAAUCAAGUUUUACCCUCGAGGAAAUGACUCGGAUUUCUUGAGCGUGUAUGUUGAAUGCUUAUCCGUGGCACGAAAAGAGAACCAGAAUGAUGCAUCCGCACCUGAAAGAGCACUUGGAGUCAAUUCCGAGACCCCCAACCUGCACGCCAAGCCCCGCCCAUCUUCUACAGCAGCUCCGUCCACGGAAUAUCGGCAAGGGCCCCUUCCUCUGCUCACCGAAGAACCGGUCCUCAAACGGCGAAGUGUCGCGGCGCAAGUCUCCGUUGUGCUCUACAACCCUGCCGAGCCACGAACAAACUAUUUCCGACAAUGCUCACACAGAUUCUGCCCGGAUUCGCCAGAUUGGGGCUGGACUCGCUUUGCGGGCCCCUACUUUGAAAUUCAUUAUCGACAACGGGGUCAGCGCCAGGCGUUGCUUCGAAACGAUAAGCUGGUGCUCACUGCUCAUAUUCGGAUCAUCAAUGAUCCCACCGAGUGCUUGUGGGAGCAUCACAGCCGUGAGAACAGAUGGGACAGCUUUGCCAUGACGGGUCUGCAGGGGCUGGCGGAUUCGGAGUACGAAUCACAUGGCGGUAGCUUGAUUGCCGCAGUUUCCUCAUGGAUGCUGCUGAAGCCCUUCCGGAAAUUCCUCUACGAGCUCGAGCUGGCCGAUCCCACCAAAGAAGCCAGAGCAAAGCCAAAGCCGCUUCUGUCUGCUCUCCAACGAACAAUCUACAAGCUACGGACCGAUGUUCUCCCUGGAUCAGGCCCAGUAGAUUUGGACGAUGUCGCAGAUGCGCUGGAGUGGUACGGUACUGAUUCUUCUCUGAGCAAGCUGGACGUUAUCGAGAUCUGGGAGAUUCUGCGGGCGAAGAUUGAGUACGAAUUGGCGGACACACCGUCCAGGGACAAGCUGAAGGACCUGUUCGGACCAGAGAGAGAUCGCAUGAUGAACAUGCCAACAUAUCGCGCGCCGGUCACGGGUUGCGCAGACAUGCAGGCUGCGAUCGACAAGUCGGUCAACCUGGUCCAGCCAGGGGCUCCCCUACCGGAAGUUCUGCAUGUGGAGUUGGAGCGACAGGAGUUCAACCGGGAAGCCCAUUCUAUGCGGAAGAGGGCAGACAAGGUGAAGUUGCUGGAGAAGGUCACCAUCCACAAGACAGCCUACAUCCUCUAUGGAUUCAUUGUCCACAGAGACAGCCUCCAGUCCGGAUCGUACUAUUCAGUCGUUCGGCCCAAAGGUCCUGGAGGCAAAUGGUACGCGUACUACGACGGCAAGGAAGAGAACCGCGUGGUUUGUUUAACUAGAAGGCAAGCAAUCGAGGCGCAUGAGGGUGGUGGCACAGAAAAGUCGGCUGUGGCCUAUAUUGUCAUGUACGUCCGUCAAGACGUUGUUCCGAAACAAUUCAGCAAAGAUGAGCCAAAAUGGGAGGUACCUCAAUGGUUGAAGAACCGCUCCCCUUGCGGUCGCAAGCAAUCAGUUUUUGAGACAACGGAGGAGACUUUGGACUACCAGGUCUUUGACUCUGCCGCUUUCACUCAGCACGAGGGGCCCGGUACCAUGGAUCCCUCGGACCGCAAGUGGGAAACCUCUCCUUAUCGCACCAAUGUCAAGCUCCCUGCCUCUGCAUCUGCAAGGGAAGUCAGAAAACUCCUAGCGCAGCAAUUCCAAGCCAAGGAUCCCCGUCAAGUCAAAUUCUGGUUCCUCGACCACCCGAACGGCACGUCCCAUCGACCGACAAUGCGAAGCAGCAGCACGAUCGAGGACCCUCGCGAUGAUCCGGAUCAGUCACCGACCUGGACGCUUAAGACUGCAGCAGAGCAUCGGCCGGAGCGCAGGAUAUGGGUACAUGUGUUGGACUUCGCGGAUCUGCCUGAGCUGCCCAAGCCAACUACCUCGGUCAGCGAGGUUCCCGAGUCCGGAAUUGCGGGUGUCCCGCAUAGCGAAGAUUCUCCGAUGAAUGAUGCAGAGGAAAACGGCAAUCACCCGGAUGAACAGAUGGACCUUGUGAUUACCGAAGGACUUGCUGCUCAGGCUGCUCGCCAACACGCCGUGGACGUCACCGGCGAUCCAGCCUUCGCCAUUCCUCGGCCACCCCAUACCUCAGUAGCUGACGGUAGCGACACUGAGAUGGCCAACAACAUUGAGGCUGUGCACGCCAUGCCUCCGCCACCACCUCCGCCAAUGUCUGCCGACUUCAUCACCCCGCCUCUUCAGUCUAUGGACAACGUGGUUGUGAUAACGAAUCCAAACAUUCCUCCUUUCGACUUCGCCGUACCUCCUCCGAUAACCCACAACCUCACUGCUUCCCACGAAGAGAUCUAUUACUUCUUGAAGGAGUUCGAGCCAGAGUCUCAGACAUUGAGAGCGCACAAGACGGUGGUGGCCAAAAAGAGUGACCGAAUUGACCAUUCAGUUCUCGAUGCUCUGGACUGGCCACGCGACGUUCCAUUUGACCUGUUUGAGGAAGAAGCACCCACAGUCGUUACCAGGCUCCAACGUGGAGGCGUAUCUUUCAAUCAGGCCGGCAUUCACAGCACUGCCAUCCUCAUCGCACAAGCACGUCUCAGCUCUGAACAGAGGUCUGCGCUCGCAAGCCGCGCCCUGUUCUCGGACCCUGUCGAUUACGUCCAGCACGCAACAGCUGCCCGCUUCGUCACAUCUACCACUCCGCUGACGGGCCACUUCACCAUGGACUACUUCAGCUCGGAGCAUUACAUGGGGGUGCUCGUGCGCGGGCGCCCGCACGGAUCCGGCUGCCAUCUCUACUUUGAUGGAAGCGAGUACGUCGGCUCCUACCGUCUCGGACAGCGUCACGGCAACGGGCGUCUCACGUAUCCCAACGGCGACGUUUACGAGGGUGAAUGGGUGGACAAUCUACCAGAAGGCCGUGGCAGCUUCAUCGAAGCCGAAACCGGAAACUCGUACCUCGGCGGCUGGAAGGCAGGCAAGAAGUUCGGCGAGGGCGUCACGCAUUGGAAGAACGCGCAGGAAAUCGAGCGUCUCUGCCGCAUCUGCUGGGAAGACGGGGCGGACGCCGCCUUCUACGACUGCGGACACGUCGUCGCGUGUCUGAGCUGCGCGCGCAGGGUGGACAACUGCCCGGUGUGCAGGAGGAGGGUCCUCAGCGCCAUGAAGCUUUACUUCGGCAACUAG